AUGGACUCCCCCCAUACCACUCACCCCCAUGUGCGUACGCACCAGCGCCCUCGCGACUGCUCCCCCACCCUUUUGCGCAUGUGCCCGAGUGCCCGCACAAGUCCUGAAAUCAAUUCUGCUGAAAUAGCUUGUGGUCACCCCCAGGUGCGCUCCCCUCGUAUCAUUGGGGGUGAGAAGGCUGAGAUAGGAGAAUGGCCAUGGCAGGUCAGCAUACGAAAACUCAGGAAACACACAUGCGGUGGAAGCCUGAUUUCGCCCCAGUGGGUGGUGACAGCGGCUCAUUGUUUUGAAGGACCACUGAAUCCAUCCGAUUACCGAAUAAACCUGGGGGAAUAUGAGCUCCCGAAACCUGCUCCCAGCAUGAUCUCAUCUGCUGUCUGCAAAAUCAUAGUGCACCCUUAUUAUGUUGGACAAGCUCAAAGUGCUGACAUUGCCUUGGUACGGCUGGAGAAGCCGGUCAAUUUCUCCCAAACCAUCUUGCCGAUCUGCCUUCCAAGCAGUUCUGACAUAAUCCCUGUGAAUACGUCAUGCUGGGCCACCGGCUGGGGCAAGUUCUUUUCAACUCCCCUAAUUGCUCGGAUCCUCCAAGAGGUUGAAAUGCCAAUCCUAGACAGUGAUGAAUGUGAGGAAAUGUACCACAAUGGCACUGAGGAUGAAACCAUGCCAGAGAAUCACAGAUUGAUCUAUGAAGACAUGAUCUGUGCUGGAUAUCCUGAAGGACAGAAGGACACCUGUCAGGGUGAUUCAGGGGGGCCUUUGGCCUGUGAACUGAAUGGUACUUGGUUCCUGGCUGGAGUGGUGAGCUUUGGAUUUGGAUGUGCAAAUCCCAAUCGACCGGGUCCUGAAAUCAAUUCUGCUGAAACAGCCUGUGGCCACCCCCAGGUGUCCCUCCCUCGAAUCUUUGGUGGGGAGAAGGCUGAGAUAGGAGAAUGGCCAUGGCAGGUCAGCAUACGAAAACUCAGGAAACACACAUGCGGUGGAAGCCUGAUUUCACCCCAGUGGGUGGUGACAGCAGCUCGUUGUUUUAAAGGACAAAGUGUCUUUUUUAAAAUACCAGCUUCUAUAAUGGCUCGGAUCCUGCAAGAGGUUGAAAUUCCGAUCAUAGACAAUGAGGAAUGUGAUAAUAUGUACCAUCAAAAAUCUGAUGUCGUAGCCAUGCCAGAGGGCUACAGAUUGAUCUAUGAAGACAUGAUCUGUGCUGGAUAUGCUGAAGGAAAGAAGGACACCUGCCAGGGUGAUUCAGGGGGGCCUUUGGCCUGUGAACUGAAUGGUACUUGGUUCCUGGCUGGAGUGGUGAGCUUUGGAUUCAAAUGUGGAUUUCCAAAUCGACCGUCUGUAUACACUCGAGCCACCUCUUACGUGCACUGGAUUCAGAACACUAUGGCGCAGAAUGGAGUCCCCAGAGAUUGUGGCAGCUGGCUCACCCUCUUGCUCUCGCUCCUUCUCUUGGGCUCCACCAACAUGCUCUUGUGAUGUGCCUCGCUUUUGCCUAUUGCAUUUCAGAACAGUCGUGCAGAAUCACUAAUCAAACCUGAUGAACCCCAGUGGUAAUCUUGAGUGAUCCAAACUCAGUGAUAAUUUUGAGUUUACUGAUCAUUAUCCAGGACUGAUCUUCAUAUGAUGAGCUUUUGCAGGAGAUAGUCAAAGAAAUUAUGAUGCCUUUUAUUUUGUCAGCUUGAUUGCCUACUUGUUUACUAGAUGACUGGGUCUAAUAAAGAAAAGGAGUUGAAGCUGUAGCCUUGCUGGCUGGAAGAGUGAGAGAGUUUUACUCCAGAAAAGGGACAAGUUCUGGCUCCUUCUCAUCCAAAUAAUGAGCUAGUUCAGGGUAGCAUUUAGGCCUGAUGACCUAU